GUGCGACGGGAAUUUGUCACAGCAAACGCGAUGGCAGAACCAGGAACUGAGAAAGUGAUCAAGCUUGUUCCUGAGAAUCUUCUCAAGAAACGCAAGGCAUACCAGGCUAUCAAAGCCAAUCAAGCUAAACUUGCUUUACAGCAGAAGAAAAGGGUCCAAAAAGGAAUCCCCUUCAAGUUUAAGCGCUUGGAGGAGUUUUUGCAAAACAGCAGGAGAAAGCAUCGAGAUGAGACCAGGCUCGCCAGACUCAAAAAGAGACCUCCACCACCCAUGCCACCAGCCAAGAACAGCCUGGCAUUCGCUGUCCGCAUUAGAGAGAUCAAAGGUGUGAGCCCUAAAGUGAUGAACGUUAUUCAGAUGCUGAGACUCAGGAAGAUCUUCAGUGGCACCUUUGUCAAAGUCAGCAAGCAUUCAAUAAACAUGCUUAAGACUGUGGAACCUUAUGUUGCGUGGGGGUAUCCCAACUUGAAAUCAGUGCGCGAGCUCAUCUUGAAAAGAGGCCAGGGAAAGGUUGAUAAAAGAAAAAUUCCUCUCACCGACAACACACUCAUAGAGCAGCAUCUAGGUAAAUAUGGCAUCAUCUGUUUGGAGGACCUCAUCCAUGAGAUCUAUUCUGCUGGUAAGAACUUCAGGGUGGUGAACAACUUCCUGUGGCCAUUCCGUUUGUCAGUUCCACGACAUGCUGCUAGGGACAAAGUUGGACUAAUGAAAGAUGUUGGAAAUCCUGGACCUAGAGCUGAGGACAUAAACACAGUCAUUAGGAAACUCAACUGAGCAAAUAGACUCUCGUGGACUGUUGUUUUGUUGCCCCCAUUCAGAAUGAACAUACAAAAGAGAGAGAGCAGAGCCUGUUUCUCAUUGUGCCAUCACAAUUGAAUGUCCAAUUCAAGUGGACGUUUCCUCAGAAGAAUACAGGAGUUUACUGUUGACCUUUUGAAAAAUUGAAACACUGCUGUGCAAAUCUGUCAGUUUCUUUGCCUUGUAAAGUUUGUGGAUUACUUUUUAUUAAACAAUGCAAAAA